AUGUUAUUCACUUCACGAAUUGUCUUUUUAUCAAGUAAAAUACACCCACAGGGAAAGGAGUCAAUUGAUGAAAUAUCAAUAAUUAGAAAAAUCAUCAUUGAGAAAGCAUGGAUACAGCAAAUGGAAGAGGAGUACAAGAAGAAGAUAAAUGAAAUAUUCACAGAAAAAAAGGGUGCACUGCAAACUAUUCUGAAUGACUUAGAAAGAAUCCAAGAAAAAAAACACGAAACUAUUCCCUUCCCCUCUACAAUAGACACACUUAAAUUCACAGAACAGGAGCAGAUUAUAUACGAGCUGGAAGAGAAAACACUUUCAGCACAGACAGAAUAUGAAAUACUUAAGAAUAUUGAAGCAUUCUCGCAGGAGAGAAAAGAACUUCUCCAAAAAAUGUCUGCAUUUGAGGAGCAGGCAAGUGAUCCUCUCAGACUAUUCAGAAGUUCAUUCCAGCUGAACUCAGAAGAGAAGUUCCGGAAAAUGGCCGUGCCAACACUUCUUCGCGUGGAGAAGGAGAUAUUCGCACUUGCAUCAGAAUAUGCAGAGAAAUUCAGUGACAAACCGAUUGUUUUAAACAAAAAAGAGAUCAUCACAGAAUUAAAGAAUGAAAUAUCCAAUCGAAUAAUUAAUGCGAACGCAUUCAUGAAAGGAAGGGUAGCAAAGCCAAAUAAGUAA